CAGAUUAUGAAUCGGGUGGUACCGUUGAGCAUGGUGAAUUCGAUGUAACAUGUAACACUGGAUACUCGACAGGUGUGCCCGGCCCGCCUUUCCUAAUAUGUGAUAAUGGUACUCUACAUUCUGCUCUUCCUAUAUGUUAUGAAAAUUGUGAUCUUGAAGCGGUACCGAAAUCAAAUCAGACAAUGAAUGUUACCGUCGACCACGAUGCUACUGUCAUCGUAGAAUGUGACUCUGGCUACACUUCUGGGUCGGGCAUUUCUACGACAGAACUCACUUGUGUUAAUGGGAGUUUCUCCCCUUCACCUCCUACAUGUUUCGAAAAUUGUGAUCUUGAAGCGGUACCGAAAUCAAAUCAGACAAUGAAUGUUACCGUCGACCACGAUGCUACUGUCAUCGUAGAAUGUGACUCUGGCUACACUUCUGGGUCGGGCAUUUCUACGACAGAACUCACUUGUGUUAAUGGGAGUUUCUCCCCUUCACCUCCUACAUGUUUCGAAAAAUGCUUCGUUGCAGUUCCUUUCUCAGAUUAUGCAGCGAAUGUUUCUGUACACCAUGAAGAAAUUUUCAACGUAACAUGUAGCAGUGGUUACUCUACUGGUGUAUCCUUGUUUACAGAGCUUAGUUGUAAUGAUGGAACAUUAUCUCCCGCCGAGCUUCCUACCUGCUAUGAAAACUGCAAUGUUUCUGCAAUAGAUUUUUCAGAUUAUUCAACGAGCGUUCAAGUUAAACACAGUGCGGUUUUCAAUGUGACAUGCAACCAAGGCUACUCCACAGGAGUCUCGAGGUUUUCAGAGUUCAGUUGCAAUGAUGGUAUACUGUCCUCUGCUCCCCCUACAUGUUAUGAAAAUUGCAAGAUUCCUUCAAUACCAAAUUCUGAUUAUUCAUCGGGUGGUGAUGUUCAGCAUAUUGCGACUAUCACUGUGACAUGCAACCAAGGCUACUCCACUGGUGUUUCUGGAUUUACAGAUCUCACUUGUGAUGAUGGUACCUUUUCUCCUUCACCUCCUACUUGUUAUGAGAAUUGCAUGGUAACAGUACCUUUAUCAGAUUAUUCGGCGAAUGUUCCAGUUGACCACGGUGAAAGAUUCAACGUAACCUGUAACCCUGGCUAUUCCUUUGAUUCAGCAUCAUAUCUAGAGCUCAGUUGUGAUAAUAGCAUCUUGUCUCCUGAUCCACUUUCCUCAUGUAACGAUAUUGACGAGUGUGCUCUUGAUUCGAGUCUCUGUACCGAUGGCCGAUGCUUUAAUCUCAUUGGAAAUUACACCUGUAUUUGCAACAGUGGUUUCGUGUUAACAGACCUACAUUCUUGCACUGGUAUGACUACAGAUAUGUUAUUACUUUUUCAUAAAACCCAAUUCAUAAUUUGGCUAUGA